UAAACACUGAAUCCAUAAUUUGACAAUAAGCAGCACCUAUUUCAUCUUUCAUAUCAGUACCUUUUUUUUUUUUGAAGUGGACUUACAAAAACAAGAAUUUUGCCGUACCUGUGCCUGUCUGCUCUACUUUGGUAUAGUUUAACUGUAACAAGUCGUUCACCCAAGCCAAUAAUUCUGUUCUGGAUUCUCCCAUCUUGACUCUUUGUUAGAUUGGAUAAAAAGGAUGAAAGAGAGAAGAAAAAAAAAAAAAAAAAAAAGGGCACUCGAUUUUACUGUGAUGUCAUUCGCUGAAGGGUUCAAUACCCGCUACGCCCCUUUUACUUUUCAUUUAAAUCUCUUGAGAGUGCUUUUCCUUGUAGUUUAUCAUGUCCAACUAUUAUUUUGCCAUUGUGGGAGCUACAGAUAACCCAAUAUACGAGACAGAAAUUGUACCCUCAUCACGUUCUUCAGCAUUUAUCGAUUCCAACAGACAAAGAGAUGAUCAUAAACAUUUAAACCAAUUCAUUAUCCAUGCCGCUCUCGAUGUUGUCGAGGAAUACCAGUGGAAUACACAAGCCAUGUACCUUAAAUCAAUUGAUAGAUUUAACGAGUUUUAUGUAUCUUGUUUUGUCACAGCAGGCAGUGUGAAAUUCAUGCUGUUGCAUGAUCAGAAAUCUGAGGAUAGCAUAAAGGCAUUUUUCACCGAAGUAUAUGAACUGUACAUCAAGGUCUUGAUGAACCCAUUUUAUGAAAAGAAUUCCACCAUUACCACACCCACCUUUGAUAAUCGAAUUAAACUUAUAGCAAGACGUUAUCUUUAAUAAAAAAAAAAAGAGAGAGAGAGUUACGAGUCUUCCUUUUCAUCUCCAUUUGUCCAUACACGAAGUCGUUCUUUGAAAUAUCUUUCCAGUCGAUUUGCACAACGAGCAUAAUUGG